AGCAGAAGAUGGCGGAGCGUCGAGUCUGAGCAACGACAUCGAUCGCCGGAUAACUCGAUUGGACGUAAUCGCUCGAGUGUGUCUAAAUUGAUCACAUACGUCCAGCUGUUUGGGUAAAACCGCUGGCGAUAAUAUGAACAUUUAAACGGAGUCACGAUGAGCCGAUUUCGGGUGUUUCAGCGCGUCGUUCCUGAAGCAAAACAGAGCAGAAGCUGAGGACACUUUCCAACCGUCUCCUGUCACCUCCAUCUUGUUUCACAGCUCCAGCCGCGGCCAGGCACGCUGAGUUAAUCCCGGAGCCCGAGAACAGAGGACUCCUAAUCAAUCCGCAACAUCGUCAACCUGCUAGCGGAGGGAUAAAGUAGGCCUGUGUGGCGGAAGUGUCUGAUUAUCCACAGCAAGAGCCUGACCUAGCCCAGGUGGCAGUGAUGGACUUCCCAUGGCACAGUGGGAAAGUUUUAGAGCAGCUGAACCAUCAGCGUCAGCAGGAUCUCCUGUGUGACUGCACGUUUGUGGUGGAUGGAGUGGACUUCAAAGCCCACAAAGCCGUACUGGCAGCAUGCAGCACCUACUUCCACGCUCUCUUUCUGGACCAGAAGGAUGUUGUGCAUUUGGAUAUCAGUAAUGCUGCAGGCCUUGGACAAAUCCUUGAAUUUAUGUACACAGCUAAGCUGACGCUGAACCCUCAGAAUGUCGAGGAUGUGCUGGCUGUAGCCACUUUUCUUCAGAUGCAAGAAAUUGUCAAUGCUUGCGCUGCUUAUAAGUCUCUCACAGGACCUCCAGUGUUAAACAAUGCCAUAUCAGGUCCAACUGAGCAACAUCAGAAGCUGGCUAAGGAAGACGAAGAUGCUUCUAUGGAGCAACAGGACAGUCACGUUUCGGCUCAGAGCGGCGUUCCUGAGGCAGAUGAAGCUCCCUCUUCAUCAGAGACCUCUGAAGAGCAGCAGGCGAGGUGUAGCACUACUGAAAGACAAAGCGCAGGAACUCAAAGUGCAGGAGUUAGGGUAGGAAGACCACACAAGCUCAGCCAGUACGCCAAGCUAAAGGAGGAAGAGGAGAGCACAACAAAGGAUCUCAUGGAGUAUCAGGAUGACCUGUCUGAUGCUGAUUACACACCCAAAAUAUCACAAAGAGCUGCGACUAGGAGGUCUUGCGUAAGAACACGGAGAAGCAAAUCAAAAUUUAUCACUCACCAUGUGUCCACGCCAGAUGAUGGUAGUGAAGGAAGUUUGUCAAAAGUCACUACUGAAGAAAAUAUAAGAGAAGAACUGGAACAGGAAGAGGAGGCUGAUGAAGAGGAGGAGCAUACAGAGCAAGAUGAUGGGGAGAUGGAUGUAGAUGAUGCAGAAGCAGGAGCAACAGACGAAGGAGAGGGAAAGUGUCUGAGGUCUGGGGUCAUUGCUGAACGCACUGAGUCCAGAUCGUACGGCUCCGUCACACACAAAUGUGAGGACUGUGGAAAGAAGUUUACCCACACUGGGAAUUUUAAACGCCACAUGCGCAUCCACACAGGCGAGAAGCCCUUCAGCUGCAGGGACUGCAACAAGGCCUUCUCUGACCCAGCCGCCUGCAAAGCUCAUGAAAAAACCCACAGCCCUGUAAAGCCAUACUGCUGUUCCACAUGCGGGAAGAGCUACCGGCAGAUCAGCCUGCUGAACCUGCACAGGAAGCGGCACACAGGCGAGGCGCGCUACAGCUGCGACGAGUGCGGCAAACUCUUCACCACAUCAGGUAACCUGAAGCGCCACCAGCUGGUGCACAGCGGCAAGAAGCCGUACCACUGUGAGUACUGCGAGCGCGCUUUCUCCGACCCCACCGCCAAAAUGCGCCACCUGGAGAUCCAUGACACUGACAAAGGCCACAAAUGCCCACAGUGCGACAAGAAAUUCAAUCAGAUAGGAAACUUGAAAGCUCACAUGAAGAUCCACAUCGCAGACGGACCUCUGAAGUGUAAAGAGUGUGGGAAGCAGUUCACCACAUCAGGGAACCUGAAGAGGCACCUGCGUGUUCACAGUGGAGAGAAACCCUUUGUGUGUAUGCACUGUCAGAGAGCGUUCGCUGAUCCAGGUGCACUGCAGAGACACGUGCGCAUUCACACAGGGGAAAAGCCAUGUCUUUGUCUGAUCUGUGGAAAAGGCUUCACACAGGCCAGUUCACUGAUUGCUCAUGUCCGACAACACACUGGAGAGAAGCCGUAUGUAUGUGACCGCUGUGGCAAAAGGUUUGUGCAGUCCAGCCAACUGGCCAAUCACAUCCGCCAUCAUGACAACAUACGACCCCACAAAUGCCAAACCUGCAACAAAGCGUUUGUCAAUGUCGGAGACCUCUCUAAACAUAUCAUCAUUCAUACAGGUGAGAAACCUUAUCUUUGUGACAAGUGUGGACGUGGGUUUAACCGUGUGGACAACCUCCGCUCCCACGUUAAAACUGUUCACCAGGGCAAAGCGGGCAUGAAGAGACUGGUAGUGACAGAGGAAGACAACGGGGAGGACAAGCUGCUCCCUGCAACUGCCUCUGUGUCUGACCUUGAUGAGAAUGAAGUCAAUAUUGUUACAGUCACCACAGACGACAUUGUGACUUUGGCUACAGAAGCAUUGGCAGCCAACACUGUCGCACAGCUGACUGUGGUGCCUGUUGCAACAUCUGUAUCUGCGGAUGAAACAGAGGCUCUGAAAGCUGAGAUCACAAAGGCAGUGGAGAAAGUGCAGGAGGCUGAUCCCAACACACAGAUCUUAUACGCAUGUGACUCCUGUGGGGAGAAGUUUCUGGACGCUAGUUCUCUGGCCCAGCACGUGCGCAUCCACACGGCCCAGGCUCUCGUCAUGUUCCAGGCUGACUCGGACUUCUACCAGCAGUACGAGGCAGCGGACGGCACUUGGCAGACCACCGAGCAGGUCAUUCAGGGAGAAGAGCUCCUCUUCAGGAGGGAGGGAGAGGAAGAGGCUAACGAUGACACCCGGGGCGAGGAGGAGCAUACUGAACCUCAGACUGAGGAGGAGGAAGAGGAGGCGGAGUCUCAGACUGAAACUACAGUAGAGGAUGUACAGAUUUGUGAAAGUCAGACUCAGUGAUGCUAUACUGAGCAAAGGAAAGAAUUUUGAAAAUCUCAGAGACAUCAGCAUAGUUGAGGAAUAUAUUAGAUAUCACUUGAAAUGUGUCAAUGUUACUAUUUCAAGUCGAAUGCUACAUUUUGGGCUUGUUUUUACAAAUUGGUUGCGUAGCACAAGCACACAAUGUCAUGCUUAGGCUGUAAAGAAUUCUUUUAAAAGAAGUCGUUUGUUUUCGGACAUGCUAAUUCUAGCUCAGUGCACAUUUCUGUCUAUUAUGCUGUAUUUUUCUGAUACUUAUCACACAACACAGAAGUGUCUAUCAGCUACACCUCUGACUUUAUAUGGUUCCUUUGCCAGCAUCUACAUUCUCAAUCAUGCACUAAUAUUGAGUAUUAAAUGUUAUAUACACUGUGCAUAACAUUGUAACCUGUGUUCUAUCACAGUCUUAUAUGUUUCAUAAAAAACAUCAAUUAUCAAAACUGAGCACACUUUCAUUCAUUCUUUGAAUUUCUUUUUCUUCGUAAUUACUCAGGAUUACUUUCAUUUAGCACAUCUUAUACAAUUUAAACCAUAACAUUUAUUAAAUGCACAAAGAGCUAUCUAAAAUGAUUAGAAAAUGUAUAAAAGAUUUGUAUGAUGAUGCAAGCAGCUACUGGGUAAAGAAGCAGGUGCAUACUAAGUAAUGCAGGGCUCAUGAACUAAUUUAGGCAAUAUCUAUUAAACAGAUAAUGUGAACAACAUGAUGGAGUAAUUAUGUAAUUGCCAAAGAUUGCACAUUUAAACUUGUGUUUAAUUCUCAUGAAAUUCCAUUUAUGUCUAAUUUCAAAAACAAGGAAGCAAACACUCACAUGAAUAAGUGAAGCAAUACAUGCAUAUGAAUACAGAUGUUUGCACAUCUGAUGUUGAAAUGAUGAAAUUAAUGAUACAUCUAUUGUGUUAGGUUUCACUUCAUAUCUUCAUUAGCCUUUUAU